ACAAGUUCGAGGUCCUCUUAAUAGAAUGUGGACAACCUUCUUUCCCACGUUGGCUCAGAAUUCCGUUAAGAGUAAAGCCCUUCGGACAUUUCAAUGAAAAAAAUUGGCCUCUUCAUCUCUUAUCAUUUUCCACAUUAUAUGCUGAUAUACAGUGCAACUCCAUGUUUUAAAGCGUUGAAUAUAUAAUCUGUGCUAAUUAUAUAUUUUGCAGAUAAGCUGAAAGAGUAAUCUCAGGUGGUAAUUGCAAGUUUGGAAGUACAAUGGCUAUGAGUAUGAAGCAUAUGUCCAUUAUUAUAGCAACUCUUGGUGUCAUAUCGUUUAUAUUUGGCGUUGUUGCUGAGAACAAGAAGCCUGCAGCUGGAACCGCAAUACCAGGAAAAGGGGCUGUUAUUUGUAAAUAUCGAUCUGAUCCAACUGUUGCCCUAGGCUUUUUGUCUGUUAUCUUUCUUGCUGCAUCUGCUGUGGCUGGCUUCUCGUCUUUGUUUCACCCAUAUAAAGGGAAAUCAAUUCCUCAGGCUAUUCUGCUGAGAAGCACUACUUUUGUUGUAUUCCUCAAUGUUGCUCUGGGUACAACUGGUUUAGCCGCAGCACUGUUGUUGUGGCCUACAAUCAGUGAGCAACUUCAUAUCACGCGGAACAUACACCACAAUUUGCAAACAGAAUGCCCAACUGCCAAGACUGGUCUUCUUGGUGGCGGUGCCUUUUUGUCUCUUGAUUCUGCCCUCUUCUGGUUGGUUUGCUUGAUGCUAGCUAAUAAUGCUCGGGAGGAUUACUUUGAAGAAACAGAAGAUUUUAAAGGCGGGCCAGCAGUAAACUAUGAACCAGAUGUAGUUAUCAAGAGUGCCUAAGCUAUAUUCUAAUUAAGUUAGAAAAAAUGUCUUUUACUUGUUUUAUUCUGAUGUUGCCACAAUCAGGUGGUAGCAUGCCUUGCGCGAGAACUUGUUUGUUGCAUUUCUAUGUACAUUUGAAAUGGUAUUAUGGAUUCGUCUUGCAUCU